AAAGGUCGGUAAGGUCAAACAGAAAAUCUGAAAAUAAAAAUUGGCAGUUUGUGUAUGCUUUGCGCUCUCCAUUCGUUGCUUCCUGUGUUUAUCUAUUUCUUGAAUAUAUCUACUUUCUAUCAUCAAUAUUAUCUUAUAUAGCAGCAGCAGCCGAAGAAGAAGAAGAAGAAGAAGAAGAAGAAAGAAAUGUCGUCUAAGAAAGGAGGAGGAGGAGGAGCUGCUACGCUUCAAAAAGAUGUACCAUGGAGAGCAUCUUCUUCAAAACCUUUACCUAAAAUUCAUCACUCUCCUAUUCUCCGCGUCCCUAAUACUCCUUAUUCCAAUUAUGCCUUAUCCGUUAUGAAGCAUCCAAAUCCAAUCGGAAGUGGAUUAGCUACCGAAGCCAUUGUGGAAUCUGCCGGCGGUGAUUGUAUUGUCCCCGGCCAAAUUACACCUCUUCGAUUACUUGGCGUUAAGGUGUGGCCUAUAGAUGUUGACCUAAAAUUUAUGGAGCCAGUUGGACGAGAACUUAAGCUGCUUGGAAAGUUCAUGGACAAUGCAGUCAACCUCAUGAACAAAUCAUUUAUAGAUCGCUAGUGACUUGGUGUUCUGUUGCGGGAAGUUAUUUUUUGGAUUGUGGAGAGGAUAAGCCUGGAAAAGCAGAGUGAUUGUAGAUAAAAUCUCAUGGUAUAACAGUUUCUUAUUCCCAUUUUUAGAUAUGAUAAUAAGUUCAGGUUUGGGAGGUGGAAGAGUCAACGUCGAUGUUGAAAACGAGAAGAUUUUGCUCCUUCUAUAGACUUCUGGUUCUACAAUUCUUGCUGUUCUCUUUCUUUUUUAACACUGUUAUGUGGAAUUUUCCAUGUGUAAUGGACAUGGUUGAAUGGAAUACCAUUUUUAAACCAUCUGUUGAAGGGUAUCCAAACCAUUGGUGAUAUGUGGAAUCACUCAACCAUUCAUAUGUUCAUCUUAAUUUUGAUCUAAAAUAAACUCUCUCCACUUGUUUGUUUACA